ACACAAGGAAACUUUGCCAGUCAACAAGUCGGCUCUAAGUCAACAUUAAGGCUGCAGAUAUGGCAGAGCAGGAACUUUACUAUGCUACAGUGGCUAUAAAAAGUAAGAUAGAGCUUCAACCAAGAGUUACAAAUGAGAAUGAGACCGAGUAUGAUGAAGUAAAGGUGAACAAAGAACCACCUCAGGCUAAAACAGUGAAAGAAGCUGAAGUGGAGGAGCAGAAUGAAUGUGUUCAACGAACACCUGACCAAACAGUCAAGGAAGCAGAAAGAUUUUGCCGCUAUCAGCAGCUGUGUUGCUGCUUUGGGACUCUCUGUGUCAUUUUGGUGCUCAGCGUCAUUGGAGUUUGGGUUUAUUUUCGUGUGAGCACUGCAAGUGAGCUGAACCAGCUGAAAUCAUCCCAGAAGGUUCUGCUGGAGGAGAAUCAGAACCUGACCAACCUCAACAACAAACUCAGUUCAGAUUAUAAAAAUCUAACGAUUCAGUUUGACAACUUGACUACGGCUUCUAUCACCUUAAAAAACAACAUCACCACGCUGGCUGUAGAAAACUACAACCUGACUGUAGCGACUACAAUGUUAACAAAAAACAUCACCACACUGACAACAGAAAACCGCAACCUGACAACAAUUAAUGAGGAGCUGAGGAAAGACAAGAAAAACCUCACAGAACUGAUAAAAAACAUGGAGGAAACCUGGAACGAGCUCAAUGUCAGUCGAGCUCAGUGGAGCAUUGAUGCAUACUGUCCUAAAAAAAAUGGUGGGAGAAAUUGCACUUAUUGCCCGAGUGGCUGGAAUUACAACCUUUCCAGCUGUUAUGCUUAUAAUGAUGCUAAACCUUCUGAUCAACGAAACUGGGAAGGUGCACGAGAAGACUGCAAAACGAAGAAAUCAGAUCUGACUGUUGUGUCUAACAAUGCAGAAAAGGAUUAUGUCAAAACACAAAGUCCUGCUACAGGGGGCAUUACUGGAUUCUGGAUUGGUCUCAGAGCUGUAGAAGGGAAAUGGAAAUGGCUCGAUGGAAGUGAUCUGACCAAUCAAACCUGGAUACAACAGCAAAAUGCCACUGAUGGUUACUGUGUAACUUCUCUUAAAGACCAACGUUGGAAAACGGUGAACUGUAAUGAAACAAACGCAUGGAUCUGUGAGAAGAAGACUUUAUCUGUUUAAAACAUCAAGGAUCCAGAUUGAGAGCAGUUAUCUGGAAAGCCCUACAUUCAAAUAAGUUCAAAGUGGACAAAGUUUGUAAUUGAAAGGUUUGGUGUUUUUGCAACAAAAUCAAAACUUAAGGUUUAUGUAUGCUUCUCAUAUUUAUUAUUUACAUAUGUAGAAAUUUAAAAUGAUAGCCUGAUUAGAAAGUUUAAGUGGAACACAUUAACUGUUCAUAUGAAAAAGUUUGGAGUUCUUUACUUCUAAAGAUUAGUAAGAUGCAUAACAAAAACAUAACAGACUCAGUUUUAUGUUUCCUUAAAUUUUCAUUAAUUAUAGUUUUUGAAGGGAUUUUAUAUUACUCUAAGGGAAGUCUAUUUUGUGGUUAACUUUCUUGGAUCUACAUAUUUAGAUGCAGUUGCUUGUUCAAAGAGAUCAUACAGAAUACAAUGUCACUUUGCUCAUUAAAAUCUGUUAAGCCUUAUAUUAUUCCUCAGUUGCACAAAGAUGAUCAUAAUUUGUCUAUUUUACAGGAAAUGCCUUUGGAAUUAAUACUUUCUCUUUAUCAUGUUCUCCUGAGUUGAUUCAGGUUUCUGCUGUAGAUCAAUGUCUGUGUAUUCGCUUAGCUUUAACAAGUUACAGAUAGAUAGAAGUGCAGAAGCUUGUGAAGAAGUUGCUGACACACUGUGGAGUUUUGUAUAGUUUCCAUAAAAUAACACCUCAGUAGUUAAAAAUAUAUAUUUAAAAAUAGUUAUUUGACCAAACAGAAUUUAAUCAGAGUAAUUAUUCAUAAAUUAUAUCGACAUACAUAAAGCCUAUUUAAAGUCAUAUUUGUUUGCAGGAAAACAAAUUAAAGAAAGGUGUAGAGAUCAGAAAAUAUUUGUCAAUUUUACUGUUUUAUAUUAAAUGUUAAGUAGAGCAAACAAAAUGCCCAGUUUAAAAAUGUAUGAAGAAAACUGAUCCAUAUUUAAAAUAUAAAUUAUCUGGUAUUUUAUGCAAAAUGAAAUUCAAAUAUUUAAGCUAAUAGAUCAGAGCAAACCUACUAUUUCAUGAGUAGUAUCAGAAAGUCAGUUAAAUGUGAUAACAAAACUUGUAAAUAUUGAUUAUAUUAAAAAAUCCAGAAGGUUUACUCAAUUACUUUCAACAUGUUUGUCAGUGUAUAUUUUAAAAUCGAUUAUUUUGAAAAAAAAAAAAAA